AUGGGCCCAGCUCCUACCGAUGAGCCUGAGCCAACCGGAACCUACACUCCAACUGGUAUGCCAACAGUCGCGCCGACAGAUGUUCCAACUACGUUCCCAUCGAUGACUCCAACUGCUCAACCGACUGUGGCUCCUACCGGCACUAGUGUCCCAGUCCCAACUGGAAUGCCUGGCACCAUCCCAUUUGGAACCGUCAUUAACGAGUGCACUGUUAAGGGUGUUAUUGCUAUCUCCUUCGAUGAUGGCCCAUACGAGUACACCGGACCUCUUCUUGACCUCUUGAACAAGAACGGUGCUAAGGGUACCUUCUUCGUCAACGCCAUGAACUUCGGAAGCAUCCAGGACUAUGCCGAUGUCAUCAAGCGCAUGUACACCGAGGGUCACCAGCUUGGAUCCCACACCUACUCUCACGCCGAUCUCUCCAAGCUCAACUCCACCGGAAUCGCUCUUGAGAUGAAGAAGCUCGACGAUAUCCUUGCUCCUAUCAUCGAUGGACACCGACCAACUUACAUGCGCGCUCCAUACUUCGCCUACAGCGACACCGUCUAUAAGACCAUGGCUGAGCUUCAGUACCACAUGAUCGAUGCCAACAUCGACACCAAGGACUACGAGCAUGCCACCCCUGAAGGCGUACCAAUCAGUGUUGCGAACUUCAAGAAGGGCCUCGACGCCGGUGGCAGCAUUACCCUCUGCCAUGACGUCCACCAGACCACUGUUGAGAUGUUGAUGCAGCAGCUCUUGGACGAGGUCAAGAAGAGAGGAUUGAAAGCCGUCACUGUUGGCGAGUGCUUGGGAGACCCUCAGGCCAACUGGUACCGCCCAUUGUAA